AUGGAGGAUCGAGAGAUACCCGUCGAAGAACCUCGGCGUAUAGAACAGUACGAUGUGAAACCUCAAGUCAAUGGUGAUCAUCGUAUCCCUUCGAGCUCUCCACUGCAGCCACCCAAAAAGCGAAUUCGUUACACAGAGCCUCCGAUAUGGGCGCAGAGUGUACGGAAGAGAGGUGUUUUUGUUUCAAAGAUGAACGGGAAACAACCAGCUACUGUUUACCAAUCUCAGGUGGUUUCUUCACCCUUGGUGAAAGCUGAGACCGAUGGAAAUCGGCAGGUGACACCUGCAGCCACACGUCAAUCAACUUCAGACGUGUCAGACGAACCUAAUCCAUCGUUGUUGGGUCCGUGGGAAUGGAGUAUCACCGGCCACAAGGUCAGUCAAGAGAUGACAAAACUUGUGGCAGACUUCAUCUACAUGAACGUGCUCAAUCGCGGUGAUCUGGGGGAGCUUGCAAGCCGAGGAGUGGAGAUUGAGAUCGAGGCCAAGUUAGGCCAGCUCAUCAACAAGGAGACCAAUGAGAGGUAUGAAUUGCCUGUCACGUCAGAGUGCAUUCUCGCAGACAGUGCUCGAGUGGGAUUUAGGAGUUCUAUGACAGAGUCGCAACAUCGAUCCUUGAACGAUUUCCUGAAUGACAAGGUUGCUGAAACGCACCCAGCAAAUCCUGGCGCGAAGAGCAGAGUCAAGAUCGAUUAUCUUCACCGUCGCGAAAUCGACAAAUUUUACGAGCUCCCAGCCGCAAUGCACGCCAAUCUACCAGCUGCUGUCCGUAAACAGCUCAAUCCUCGUCACACUGUCAAAGUCCGGGUCACCCACGACAAAAAGACGAACCAAAUCCUAGCAAAGAUCAUCAAAGCCCGAAUUGUUGAUCUUGAUAUCCAUAACCCGCAAUGGCCACUUGACUGUAGGAUCAGUAUCAAUUUUGAAAUGAAGUAUGACGGUGAUAUUGAGGAAAUAAUUGCUGCAGGUAUUGGCGAGCGUAUUCCCGACCGAAGCAAAGACCGGUUGAGCUACACACAGAGCCAUUACCAAAUUGACUUGACUCAAGUUACACAAGUGACAUCGGUCAAUGGCGUAAAUCGCGUUGACAAAGAGCAUGAACUCGAAAUCGAACUCAAAACAGCAGCCGUCAUGGAACAGGGCAGGCGAGCUGCAUCUAAUGAGCCGCACGAAUAUUUGGCCUUGGUAGGAGGCUUAAUCGAUAACAUGCGCGUUCUAUCACGAACUGUUCCGUGGCCUUGA